UAAGGCUAAUAACUAAAAUAACGUUAAAAGCUUGAACCCUAAAUUGAAUUAAAAACCAACCCUAGCAUAAUCAACCGCCACUCCCCGCCAUUGUUACAAAGCUCGAAGCAAACACCAAAAUGGCAGCAACAGAAAUGGAGGUCGAAGUCGAACAACAACCACUAUCCAAUUCAAACUCAACCCCAUUAAAACGAUUUGGCCUCAAAAAUUCCAUCCAAACCAACUUCGGUGAUGAUUACGUCUUCCAAAUUACUUCCAGGGAAGAUUGGUCGGCUAUGGCGGUUUCGUUGUCGAAUGAUUUGGUGAAGCUUUACUCGCCAACAACAGGGCAGUAUAUUGGAGAGUGUCGAGGUCACACUUCUACUAUCAAUGAAAUCGCUUUCGCCGAUUCUUCGUCGCCGCAUCUUUUGCUUUCGUGCUCGUCUGAUGCCACAAUUCGAGCUUGGGAUACUAGAAAUCUUCAACAGGUGUCUUUGAUUAAUGCCGGUCCAUCUCAGGAGGUUUUUAGUUUUUCGUACGGUGGAGUAAAUAAUCUUCUUGCUGGGGGAUGUAAAAGUCAGAUACUUAUCUGGGAUUGGAGGAAUAAAAAGCAAGUUGCUUGUUUGGAAGAAUCUCAUGUGGAAGAUGUGACUCAGGUCCGUUUUGUUCCUGGUACUCAAAACAAGCUUCUUUCAGCCUCUGUUGACGGUUUGAUGUGCCUAUUUGAUACUUCUGGAGACAUAAAUGAUGAUGACCAUCUAUAUUCUGUGAUGAAUGUGGGUACAUCAAUUGGAAAAAUUGGGUUUUUUGGGCAAGACCAUGAAAAGCUUUGGUGUCUGACUCAUAUUGAAACCUUAAGCGUCUGGGACUGGAAAGAGGAAAAGGUUGUAGCUGACUUCCAGGAAGCUCGUUCAUUGACCUCUGAGAGCUGGGUUCAGGAUCAUGUUGAUUAUUUUAUUGAUUGCCAUUGCUCAUCAGAAGAUGAUCGCUUAUGGGUGAUUGGAGGCACAAAUUCGGGCACCAUUGCCUACUUUCCUGUAAACUACAAUGGGCGAGCUAUGUCUUCCCCUGAAGCUAUUCUCGAGGGUGGCCAUGCUGGCAUUGUCAGGAGCAUCUUGCCUGCCCCUGGCUUGCCCGGACAGUCAUCAAACAGUGGUAUAUUUGGGUGGACAGGUGGCGAGGAUGGUCGAUUAUGUUGUUGGAUGUCUGAUGCGACUUCUGAUUUGAACCGCGCAUGGAUAUCAAGCUCCCUGGCAGUGAAGCCAAGUAAGACUCGCAAAAAAUCUAGGCAUCAACCCUAUUAGCGAUUGGUUCAACUGAUAUGUUUUCCGCUCUUUUGUAUGUCUUAACCGGGUUAAUGCGCUCCUAUAUUUAUUCAUUUGCCAGUGGUGACCUUUAAUCCACCAGGUGUGUUUCAUAUUGUUUGGAACAUAAUAUGUUAUCUUAAUUCUUUAUCUUAUUAGGGUUACAAUUUUUGUUUAGUGAAAUUUGUUAUUCUAUUUCGAAAGUUUCAAGAUAUAAGUAAAACUCUACAUAUGCAGAUCAGGCUACUUACAAAGUUACAUUCACGAAUAUACAAGGACCUCUGUGGAAAAUAGAUUAAUGGUUUUAAAGAAA